AAUCAAUUAAUAAUAAUUUUAAACAAUUUUCUAUAUUAUAUAAUAUAUUGAAAUUAUAAUGUCUUCCUAUUUCGAUCAUUUUUUAAUUAUUAAAAUUUUUGGGUUCUUAUUUGAUUCUCAUUUGAUAUUGAUAUUAUCUAUAUUUAUAAUUUUUGUAGCUUUAAAUUUUACUUUUAUAAUCCCUUCAAGAAUUCAAUUAUUUUUUGAAAUGAUUAUUAAUCAUUUUCUUCAAAUUGUAAAAGAAAAUUUAGGAAACAAUUCCCAAAUAUAUGUAUUAUUUUUAUCAACUUUAUUUUUUUAUCUUUUAUCAAUUAAUUUACUAGGGUUUUUUAUUUUUACUUUACCACCCACUACUCAUAUUUCACUAACUUUCGGAUUAUCAUUUUUCAUAUGAUUAUCAAUAAUAGUAUUUGGAUUUUUUAAUUUUAAAAGUUCUUAUUUAAGUAUGUUUAUGCCAACAGGGGCUCCUUUAUGUCUUUCUCCUUUAUUAGUAUUUAUAGAACUAGCUAGUCAUAUUUCUAGGCCUAUAGCUUUAGGAAUGCGUUUAGCAGCUAAUUUAACAGCUGGUCAUAUUUUAUUAGCUAUUCUCUCUGAUUUUAUAUUUAAAAUGAUAUGUUUUUCUUCUUCUUUUUUUAAUUUAUUUCCUUUAAUGAUUAUUAUAUUUAUGAUUAUAUUAGAAAUAGGUGUCUUAGUAAUUCAAGCUUAUGUUUUUACUCUUUUAUGUUUAAUUUAUCUAAAAGAUAGUUUAAUUCUACAUUAAUGGAAAAAUAUUAUCAUCCUUUUCAUUUAGUAAAUCCUAAUCCUUGACCAUUUUGUAUAUCAAUGGGUGUAUUGUAUUUAACAUUAAUUACUGUUGCUUAUUUUCAUAAAGGGUUUUACUAUCCUUUAUUGUUAAGUUUUAUUUUAAUAAUUUUAUUUAUGAUUUUAUGAUUUACAGAUAUAUUUGUAGAAUCUAGUUUAGAAGGGGUUCAUACUAAAUUAGUUUUAACAGGUCUAAAAUUAGGUUUUAUAUUAUUUAUAAUUUCAGAAGUAUUAUUCUUCUUUUCUUUUUUUUGAGCAUUUUUUCAUUCUAGUCUUUCCCCCUCUGUAGAAAUAGGAAUAAAUUGACCUCCUUUAGGAGUAAUAACUUUAAAUCCAUUUUCUAUACCACUAUUAAAUACUAUUAUCCUUUUAUCAUCAGGAGUAAGUGUCACUUGAUGUCAUCAUAGUUUAAUACAAAAAAAUAGAAAUCAAAGUUUAAUUAGUUUAAUAAUUACUAUUACUUUAGGAUUAUUAUUUACAUUUCUACAAGCUUUAGAAUACUUAGAAUCUAAUUUUUGCAUAUCUGAUUCUGUAUAUGGUUCUAUCUUUUUUGUAGCUACAGGAUUUCAUGGAAUUCAUGUUAUUAUUGGUACUAUAUUUUUAUCAGUAUGUUUACUUAAAAUUUAUUUUUCUCUUUUUACUAAUUCUCGUCAUUUUACUUUUGAAGCUGCAUCAUGAUAUUGACACUUUGUUGAUGUUGUUUGA